AUGGAGUCUCCUGUCCCAGGACCUCUGAACUUCAGCAUCGCUUCGCGUAGCUCAAGUUCUUCCCACAACAACCUUUCCCCGUUCGACUUUUCGUCGUUCACCACGGAUUACCAACAGCAACCAUGGCUUCCUUCGCCCCCGCACACCCAGCCCUUGGCUUCCAAUCAGAACAACAACAGCAACAACGACAACAGUGCCCGAGAGGACUUUGUGCUCUAUCCUUCCGCUCCCAGACCGCAGCCUCGCAGAGACUCGCGUGCUCCGAUCGUGAACACAACCCCUAGACCGUCUGCUCUCCAGCCAUUCCUGGCGCAGAAUAAUUCUCGACGAAACUCCUUCAAUCUGCAGUUGCACCGACACCUUCAGCAGCAGCUCUCUGGCUCUCCUGUUCCAGACCCCAGAGUGACCCAGCUUGCCCGGUCCCCCUCUUAUUGGUCCCACCCUACGUUCAAGCACACCCGUCAUCACGCGGCUUCUGUGCCUUCCAAUUCUCCACACACCAACCGUCCGCCGAUACCGCUUUUCAACGGUCAGGCCUCGAACCAACAACAAAACACUCAAACAUAUCGUCGCGUCAUGUCUACUCCCAAUUUCCUGGAAGCCCCUCACGACGACCUUUUCGGUCUUCCCUCUGCCGGUUUCAACGGCAUGGAUUCUCCUCUCGCUUUUGACUCUAUUCAUAUGGGCGAUGACGAGCUGUUCUCUGGUCCUCCUGGUACCAUCUCUCCCAAGGACCUCAUGAUGGACAGCUCCGUUCCUCCCUCUGGCACAUUCACCGACCUGAGCACCCCCUCAUUCGAGUCGCCCGGCAAUUUCUCCCAGAACACCUCACCCAUGUUCACCGACAUGGACCUGGUAGGCCACGAGGAAUGGCCGUCUCUCUUUGACGGCUCGGAACACACGAACGCCUUCGACGUUGCCUCCCUUGACGUCGCAGCCGUUCUUGCUGCCGAGCAGCUCAAGAAGCCCUCUCUACGCGUGUCUGUUGCUCCUUCGUCUCCUGCCUCGCCUGCCCUCAAGCGCUCUUCUCCCACUCGGUCGUCGCCUGUCCCUGCCUCUGGCGGUGUCAAGCACUCGAGCAUCGCUGGAGUCUGCGCCCGCUCGCGCAAGAACCUCACUCCCGUUGAGUUCGACCCCAACGACCCCGUCGCUGCCAAGCGUGCCCGUAACACCGAGGCCGCUCGCAAGUCUCGUGCCAAGAAGAUGGAGCGCCAGGCCGUUUCCGAGCGCCGCAUCGAGGAGCUCGAGGACAUCAUUGCCGCUCGUGACGCUGAGAUUGCCAAACUCAAGGCUCAACUCCAAAUCCAAAACACCUUCCAGUGA